GGCUCGCACACACAGACAUCUCACCUGCUUGCGAGAGAAGAAAAGAAAAACAAAACAAAAAGAAGAAAGCAAUGAAUGCGAAAAGGAGAAAAGCAGAGCCAGUCCAACUAGAAGCAAAUGAGAGAAGUACAAAAGGGUACUGCUAAAAAUAUCCACCACUACAAAGAUUUUUCUCUCUUGUUUUCUGUCAUUUCUCUUUUUCUUUCUGUCGUGCUCUGGAUACCUGGAUGGUGGGAUUAAAUAUGACUUAAAUUUCAAUCAACUGUGGCAGGGAGAAAGAAAGAGGGAUGAAAAAGAGGGGUUUGUCCUCUGAAGAGAUUCAGUGGUGCACAGCUGGUAAGAGUGACAGUGUUGAACGAAGUGAGAGAGAAAUACAGAGAGGGAGGGAAGAGGACCGGAGUCCGAAAGAGAGAGAAAGAGGGUCUUGUUUCUCUUUUGAGAAAACGAGGAGCCGGAUCACUGUUUCUUGCAGGACUACCUGACUGAAAACGCUGGAAAAGCAGGAGCAUCAACACAUCUUUCAGCCCUCCCUCAUUUCCUUCAUCACUCUCUCUUUUUCUUCCUGAGCAUGGAAAGAUGUUCUGCUGUAAGGCAUAAAGGCCUCAGAAGUAUAGCAACUCACUGGAAUUCUACAUUGAAAGAAGAAUGGAACAAACAACUGAAAAGAUGAAUACAUGAAAACAACAAAGUCAAUCGGAGGAGCACACAGAUAAGACUCAGACCUGGAAUAAAGGAAUAAAAGGAAACAGAAAGAGAGAAUGAGGAAGAGAGAGAUGAUGAGGUGUUGGAAGGCUAAAAUGAGCACAUGAACACUCAUGGCCAUUGGGUGAAAAAAGGGAAGAGGGUUGAGACUUGAAAAUCCUGGAAAAUCAAGAAAACAGUUGGUUAGAAAAAAAAAGUGGGAGAAUAUGCUUUGAGAAUUUGAAAAUGUGUUCAGUGGAAACAUGAAACAACUGAAAGGCCCUAAGGCCAAAAUGUUUUGCAGUAGGAGCGCUUUAAAAAAGGAAGACAAUAUAUUGAUAUUUUCCACAAGCCAAACUGGAGGAGAUACAAGUGGAACUGUGAGUCUGACUCAAGCUGAAUCCUCAUGUUUCAAGAGUGUGUGUGUGUGGAAACGGGAUAGACACACAAACACACACACACCUGUGUCUGGAUAAACACACAUCCCUGGAACUAACACACACACACACACACACACACACACACACACACACACACACACACACACACACACAGACAAACACCUGGAAAUGAGCAGCUAAUCGUGACCUAGGAUCAGCACAGACAAGAGAGGUCUGUGAAUCACUCCCUUAUUACCAUGCAAGACUCCCCACCCCUUCAACCAUUCAAAAAAUCACACCUGUCUAUCAUUUUUUACCAUCCUCACAGUAACACACACUCCCCCUCUUUCCCCUCUCACCCGUCCGUUCAUCUCAAACAGAAUACACUCAAGCCCUCUGAUAUAUCCAGUCAACCUUCACCUCCACUGUGGCCAAAGUUCACCAGCAGAUACUCACCCCAAGACACAUUCUCACCAACACUGCCAUUGCAUUUACUGCACUGGCUUACACUGGCCUGCUUGCUGCCUGCUCUUAUCUGCCCGAUUCCAGGAGCAGUGGCUGGCGAGACGUGGGGCGUGGUGUCGGCAUGCCCCUUCCACUGCGUGUGCAGGAAUCUCUCUGAGUCUCUAAGCACACUCUGUGCCGACAAAGGCCUUCUUUUUAUACCUCCAAACAUAGACCGCCGAACCGUUGAGCUUCGCCUCGCCGACAACUUCAUUCGAGAGGUAGGAGGAGUUGACUUUGCAAACAUGACGGGACUGGUUGAUUUGACUCUAUCCCGAAACACCAUCAGCCACAUCCGGCCAAUGGCAUUUGCAGAUCUGGAAAGUCUACGCUCGUUGCACUUAGAUGGCAACCGACUGACUGAGCUGGGUCCGCGAGACUUAGUAGGCAUGCUAAACUUGCAGCAUCUCAUUCUCAACAAUAACCAACUCAUUAACAUCUCUUCUGAGGCCUUUGAUGACUUUCUCAUCACUCUAGAGGAUUUGGACUUAUCCUACAACAAUCUGCUCAAAGCACCCUGGGAUGCCAUCCAGAACAUGGCCAGCCUGCAUACAUUAAACCUAGAUCACAAUCUCAUUGACCAGAUUGAUGAGGGUUCAUUUAGCGAUCUCUACAAACUAGCCCGAUUGGACAUGACUUCAAAUCGCCUACAGACUUUACCACCUGAUCCAUUGUUUGCACGAUCACAGACAGGGGUAAUAAGCCCUACACCCUACAAUUCAGUAAUCAACUUAAAUUUUGGAGGUAAUCCAUUACACUGUAACUGUGAAUUGCUUUGGUUGAGAAGACUAAUACGCAGUGAUGAUAUGGAGACUUGCGCUACACCCACUCAUUUAGCAGGACGUUACUUCUGGUCUAUUCCUGAGGAGGAAUUUGCCUGCGAGCCUCCACUUAUUACCCGACAUACACACAAACUCUGGGUGUUAGAGGGCCAAAGGGCAACACUCAAGUGUCGUGCAAUUGGUGAUCCAGAGCCAGUGGUGCACUGGGUCUCACCAGAUGACCGAAUCAUUGGCAAUUCCAGUCGUACCACAUCUUUUCGAAAUGGCACUCUUGACGUGCUUGUAACUAUUGCCCGUGAUGGUGGUACCUACACUUGCAUUGCCAUCAAUGCUGCAGGCGAGGCCACUGCCCUAGUUGACCUGAAAGUUAUCCCUAUCCCUCACCGUGGAAAUGGAACAAUAUUGUUAGCUCGUGACCCGGGAUCAUCGGACAUUACCAGAGGGAAGACCUCCAGUGGGCAAAGCCCUGGCCCUGACACUAACACUGACAUCCAGGAGGGACGGGAAGAGGGUCAAACCGAGGUUGAGGAUGGGGUCAGUGAAGCGGGUGAGGAGCAGAUAGUAGGAGUGCAGGGAGUGACGUCCACUUCAGCACAAGUGCGAUGGGCUAAGGGUCGUUUGACGGGAGCCAACCUGGUGUGGAUGUAUCAAAUACAGUAUAACUGCACUGCGGAUGAGACUCUAGUUUACAGGAUUCUGCCCCCCACGAGUGACAGUUUCCUACUGAAAAACCUGGUCUCUGGCAUAGACUACAAUUUGUGCGUGCUAGCCAUUGUUGAUGACACAGUUACUUCUAUGGCUGCCACAAAGGUCAUUGGUUGCACGCAGUUUAGCACUAAGGACAAUUACCCUGACUGUCGUUCACUACAAGCCCACUUCCUGGGCGGGACUCUAACCAUUUUGGUUGGUGGAGUUGUUGUUGUAACACUAUUGGUGUUUACUGUGGCACUGAUGGUGCGCCACCGUGUGUGCAGUAACCAUGACAAUCAUCAUGAAAUAGGAGAUGAGGUGGGAUGCUCAGGACCAGCCUCCCCACCUCUUCCAGCUAAGGGUGCUGAUGUCAUCUCUCAGAGCAAUGGAAAUGGCAAUGUAAUGGUGGUGGUGCUGCCCAAUGGGCUUGUUCAAAAACAGAAAGUGUCAGAGGGAGGAUUGGGGUCGACACCUAAACCAACUUCGAAAGUGAAACCAAAAACCCUCCCAAAGCCCAGAGUGAAUCUUGAGCAGUUCAGGGUGGGAAUAGAAGCAGAGAAUAAGGGGUCAGAGAGGCUCCUUCCACCUUACACACCUAAGAAAGAAAAAAUGUCUUUGUAUUACACCCCCAGUAUUCAUUCCCCCCCUAUGUUGCCAUGUCUAUCACACGAGUCAGGAGCAACACAAAUCAAACUCCAGCCUACCAACAGGGACACGGGCAAAUGGGCCAGCUUAAGUUUGGCUCCACCCCCCACGUACAGCUCACAACUCAGUAACAGGCGGUUCAGCACAGGAGGGGGCAUUGUUGUCCAUCGGGGAGGGACGGACAGCCAAUGGAAUUCCUCACUGGUCUAUCAGAGCCCUGUUUUACCAGGUGAGAGUUCUCCUCACAGUGCUCUGUGCUAUAAGAGAAGUUCAUCGUUUGAUAUGGGUGAAAUCGCCACCACAGCCUGCUAUAGUUACGCCAAGAGACUGAGCGUAAUUUGGACCAAACGGAGCCAGUCUUUACAUGGCAUGCUUGUCCAGUGCAGCUCAGCAACAAGCACCUCAACAACCAGCAGUGGCAGUGGAGAUUUCCAGGCGCGACAUUCGCAAGGAUACAUCCAUGCCUACAACAACACCAACUCAAAUUCCAAACCUCCAAUAGCAGAGAUUACAAAGAACCAGCAGAUGAAGGAUAAAGAUAAGGACAAGGGAGAAGAAAUGGAGGAGAGUGUGGUCUAGGAAGAGAGAGGAUAGCUUGAGAUAGUUGCUGAGGAAGGGUAGCAUGUGAGGGUGAGAUAAAGAGAAGGAAAGAGACGGAUUGAGGGAGAGAGAUAGGAAGGACAGCACUGUCUGCAAGAGUGCUGAUGCGGGGCACCAAGCAAGAGACCAAGCAAAAUAGAUAGAGAAGGUAAAAAAGAGAAAGAACAUUGUGCCUGUAAUGUGUGCGUUAGUGGUAUUUUUGUCAUAUAAGUACUUUGCCAGAAUUUAACACAUUGCUAGUAAAGCCCAUUUAAGAAUAGCAUAGGUGAAUUGAGGGGAAAAGAUGAGUUGCCCUAUGUGUGUUUGAAUGGGUGUGCGUGAUUGGACAGACACUGUGUACAUCUGUGCCUUCUGUAUUUACCCAUAGCAACAGACAGGCUUACAGCAGCUUCUGGAACACACAAUAGGCAGUUAUAUUUGGCCCAACAAACAUAAAUGGUGAAUCAUGGAGAGGAAUAAUGACAAAAAAAUAAAAAAUAAAUAAAUAAAAUAAAAUAGUUGAUUGAGAAAACAUUCAGUUUCAUAACAUACUGUAUACUGUAAGUUCUGUUUUCAAAAAAUGGAGAGCAGCCUACCUAGACAGAAUUUUAGGGCCAACUCCUGACACAAAGGCUUUUUUAAAAGUUAAAGUUAUGCUGCCUUAAAAGGUACCUAAUUUCAGCCAAAUCAUCAUUCAUAAAUGAGACAAUCCCAGAAGUCACUGUAAUGGGUGUUUAAUAAUAAAAUAAAAUAAAAUAAAAUAUCUAAGAUGGAGGAUGGAUUCAAGAGAAAUGCUAGCUAUAUUUCAUUAAAUGUUUCGCAUAGUUCAAUAUCUUAUAAUUGGACUAUUUAACCUAGUUUUUGUGUGUGUUAUUCAUUUUUUAUGCCUAUUAGUGUUUUGUGCUGUUAGUUUACAUCAACAUACAAAUGUAAAACUCUUAAAAUUCUUAAGGCCCUAUUUUAAGAGCACUAGCGCUAAGAACAGCGCUAUGCCAUAAGUCAUAAGCGCAAAGUCAAUGGGCAUGGUCAUGAAGUUUUGGUAUUUUCAUACAAGCAAGUCUAAGUCCAAACGCAAGUGGGUUUGGCGAAAUCGCGCAUGCAAGGCAUUAAUCAGGUCAAGUGCAAUUUGAUUCGGAGGUUCUUCUCCAAUUAUUGUGGCGCCUGCAUCCUAUUAUAUAGUUCAUUCCCUCAAGCACAAGCGAUAUAUACAAAGACAGCACAUUCAAAAGAAGUUGGUAGUGUAAAUGGACUGAAUGCAGUGACUUAGAAUUAAUAGAAUAGAAAAGAAAUAUGGACUUACAUUAAUUUGUGCAUUAACUAAUCGGGUCAAGUGCAAUUUAACUUGCACGCUUGUUAAAUGGGACACACUCCUUUUAUACACAUGGAAAAUGUGCUGCAGGAUACGGAUAUAGGCUCUGUUAAAUUAUAGAGAAUGUAAGUGUUAUUAAUCAUUUUCAUCUACCGACACACAAAUCAUGGCUAGUAUUAUUAGUGUAUUAUUAGGAAGGCACUUCACUUCUUCUGGUUGAUUCUGAUUUAAAAACAUUCAAUUAAUUUAUUGAAACAAGAAAAAAAAUAUUUCUAAAUUUAAAUUGCACUUCAAACGAAACAAAAACAUUUUACGCUGUCCAAGUUUACUCUUCCACCGGUCCCUUUUACAGUGACUUAAAAAUCAUUCUACAAUAACUCGUGGAAAAAUACCAAUACAAAUUAGAUCUUGAAUACAAUUGUAAAUAUAAACAUAAUAAUAGUAAUCAUUGGGAAAUAAACCAUGAGCUAUAGAUAAUUCAACACAAAUUUUAUAAAUUUUGUUUCAUAAAGAGGCUAUUUGUCAGGGACAUCAUUUGAUAUUCCACUACAUUUUCAGAGUUUGGGCAUGAACUUUAUUAACACCUGCUGGUGGACUCUCCAAACUUCAAAUGCAGGAACUGAGUUUAGACUUUGCGCUGAAAACAGACAUGGUAUUUAAACGUCUUAGCGAAAUUAACUAUUUCUCAGGAAAAUAGAAAAUUAUGCUUUGUGCCACUUCAUUACCAUACAAUAGACCCACAGUUUACAAAUACCAUAGUUUAACGCAAACACUCUCACCCCCUGCCACUUGCGCUUUGCCCUGGAGCGAAAAUUGCACUUAGAAUUAGUGCUCUCAAGAAAAUUGGAUAAGAGGUAGAGCACGGUCACAGCACAGCUUGGGCGCUUAUGAAAAUAGAGCCCUACGUCACUUAAUUUCAAAUACGAUGUUACCAUAGAAGGUACAGUAAAUGCCUAUGUAAGCAUCAGACAGCAAGUCAGCUCACUAGGUUUGGGAACAGAGCUAUAGCCUUUAAUGUCCUAUCAUACCUACAUGUUGGUAUAAACACAUCAACACAGACACAAAUACACACAGCCCCUCUCCUUUACAUGCCUGCAGCAAAAUUCUGUCCCAAUUUGACUAAUUAACCACAGCUGAUACACAAUCAAACACAGUUUAUUCUUACAAUCUUAAUUACAUCAACCAAAUUAAACACAUAAAUUGGUUUAUAAACUGUUAUAAACCAUUAUUCAAUGUUUAGCAAAAGUACUGUAUAAAUUACAUAUGUCAGUGUGAUCACUGUGUACUCUGCCCAGUAAUAUAGUAAGCUAACAUAUAAAAUGCAACACACACAUGAGAAUUAAGCACCAUUACGCACUUAAAACCACUCCACGACAAAAAGAUAGUGUUGGGUAAGAUGCUCAAUAAACUACUUAACAGAUAAAUUAGCUAAUCUGGGUUGAAAGCUACACUUUACAGAAAGUAGCUAGUUACACUAAAAGCUACAUAGAAAAAUGAGCACGCUACAUUUAAGCUACUUCAUACUUUAACAUACUGUUUAUUUGAAACUAAAAAUAUUUAAAUAAAAUAGAUAUAAAAAUAAUAAAAUAGUUGGCUGUAAUAUGAUCAAAUAGCUGUUUUUGAGAAAACAAAAAACAGGGGUAUCCAAACUACAGCCCACGGGCCAUCUGCGGCUGCCGACUGCUCUGAUGUGCCCCACGAGAGAUUUUAGAAAUAGAAUGAAAUUUGGCCCCCUAUUGAGAAAUUAUAUGAAAUACAUAUUCUGAAUGGUGGGUGUGCCUAUCAUGUAUAGCCACAUUUUACAGCGCACUGUCUCCACUAGAGCAAUCUCUUUGCAGUCGCCACCAGCUCAACAUGAGUGUAGAAAACUAAAAAUUUCCACGGAUGAAGUGCCAGGCAAAAAAUAUGUACAGUAUAUGUGUAUGUAUAUAUAUAAAUAUGUAUAUGUGCUUUGCGGUGACACUGAAUGGAUUAGAAAAAAAAAAAGUCUUACCCAGAAAGUCUUACCCAGUAUAAUAUUUUGCAUAAAAAUGUCACAUCUUUUCCAUUAUAAGUGUUCCUGGUGAGAUAAAUAUCCUUCAUUAACACAAGGUGUGAUUAAAACUUGCAUAAUAUUAAGCAUUCAGUAUAAAGAUGAUGCAAUAAUGUCAUGUAGUAGCAUCUAGCCUUUUUUUAAUUAUUAUAAUGAUGCAGCCCGUGACACCUUGAUCUUUUUUUGCUUUAGAUCUGACCGCCAAUAGCAAAAGUUUGGACACCCCUGAGCUAUACUCUAUUGCCAGUUGCUGUGUGUGCGCGUGCGCACGUGUGUGUUGAGGAGAGAAAAUUAGUCAUUCAGAAAUGAACCAGAUGCAAGGUGCAUAUUGUCUAAGACAGUAGAUCAAAUUGGCUCUUAAAAAAAGUUGACUACUGUAGAUAAAUAUUCCACUUCAUUCAAUGUUCUUUUUGUUCUAUGUGUUCUAAAGUAUCCCAUUACUGUUUAACAGACUGAGAAACUGCUUUAAACCACUCAGUCCGUGACAUAAGGGAGAAUAUAAUUUUUUGAGUGAACAAACCCUUCUGACAUGAGCUAAUAAAACCAUCAGAGUGCCAUUUUGGGAUGCAUGCAUAAAAGUUGGUAGAAUAUGAGUGUGAGAAUGCUUCAUUAUGAGAGUGUAUUAUCUCAUCCUGAACACAACCGCUCUGCUCUCCAUCUUUCCUACUCUCCAUCUCUGGUGUCAGAAGGGUUUUGAAGAUAUUGCCAAACCUAGAUUGAAAAUUGGAUCUUUUAGACUAUGAUCUGACAGACUAUGUUCAGGUUCAGAGAAAACAGAGUGUAUACUGGCAAUAAAGCCAAGGCACAGUAAUUAAAAAAGCAAUUUUUCUCAGUUUCAGUGUUGCCAUAGUUACUGUGUUUUGCCUUUGUAGGGGAUUAAAGCCCUGAGUAAUCGUGGCAUGAAAUGCCAUAUUUAAACCACCAAGAAAGUGCAUGGUCACUCAUUCAUAAGACAUUUACAACUUUAUGUCAUUAUGUUAAAGUUGUUGGCCUUCAACAAAGCACCAGUACAGGAUGUGCUAGUGGCAUAAUUAGACUGGGCCAUUUGAAGUACAAUGGCUAUGAUAUCGCUAAAUGGACUUUAAGGCUAAUGAAAACCUCACUGUGUCACUGAAUAGGCUACAAGCCUAAAUGCAGUUAGCUUCUUUUGUCUUUGAUUACCUAAUUGGUAUGCAUAAUGUUCUGCAGUAUAAGCUAUUAUCAGUCAUAUGUGUUCACUAACUUCAAAUAUACUGGAAAGACUGUGUCUGCCAGUUUUCCAGCCAAACUGUCUAAUGAACUACCCCGGAACAACUAUCGGCGUGGUAACAAUUAAUUACUCCUGGCUUUGUAAGCCAAUAAGGGCUGCUCAAAGCUAGAAUGACAAAGAAAAAUGUUUACAGUGCUUUAUAAGGAUUUGCCACAGCUUUCACAGAAAAAAAAUAAAAAAAUAAAAUAAAUAAAUAAAUGAUCAGUAUAUCAUUUUAAUGUCACCAUUCAAAAGUACAACAUGAUUUUGUAGAUGAAGAGGAUUUACCCCAUCAAGCAGCUCAGAUAACCUCAGAAUUGACUGUGCGAGUAAGUGAAGCGAUUAGUUGUGUAGGUACAGGUGACUGUAGUCCACUGUUCCUCAACAACAUUAACUGUACUGGGCCCAACAACAAGUUGUUUCUGCUAGCCCAGUUGAGUCAAUAGUUUAGAUGCACACUUGCUCUGCCAACACUUUCAGUGGCUUCUUUUAAAUAAUAAUAAUAAUGUACCUAUUAAAUUAUGUUUUUUACUAAACAUUGUGGCAUAACAAAUAUAUAACAAUUUAUCAGAUUUAAUUUCUAAUACUAUCUUAAAAAUAGCUAUAAUGUACACUCCAUAUAAACACUUGACAGUUAUAAAUUCAUAAACACAUUGCACAGCUAUGAAUUGUACAGCUUAAGGUAAUUGUGGUACUUAUGGUACACAUUAGUUCCCACAAGACAGCAUAAAGAACAAAGCAUUAAAGAUUUGUUUUCAGUGUGGCCGGGUGUGUGUGAAUAAACAUACACCAAAACUCACUCUCUUUUUCUGGGGGUUUAUUUUCUGACUGCUGUUUUAAAGAAAAUCAGCGGUCUAUGGAAGCUCUAAUAAAACUAAAAUACAUUAAACAAAAUACCGGUGUAUCUUUCUUGAAUUGUUACAAAAAUAAAACUUGGAAACAGAAUAAUAAAUAAACUGAAUAACAAUACCUCUUAAUUCCCUAUACAAUCCAAAAUAAAGCAUAAAAAUUAAUCAAAUUAGGAUACCAGUUACAAAACACCACAGAGAAAUAAAAUAAAAUAAAAUCCUAUCUACGAAAUACGGCAGUAGCUAACCCCUUUUAGUUUCACCACGUGGUACGCUCAUUACACAUGCGAACUCCGUGCAUCACUUUUUAACCCGAUCUCACAAUAGACUUCACCAUAUACUGUAUUUCUCUCUCACAGCGUGAACUACUCCUCUCUCACACAUGCGCACUGCUUGCCAGAGAGAAAUCUCACCACACCGAACAAGGAUUUCUUAAAGGGGCCACAAAGAAUUUUAGUGCAAUACAGAAAAUGGCUUUUUAAACCACUUGGCUACAUCAGCAUUUUCAACCCAUUAUAAUGAAUGCUUCCAAGAUGAUUGGAACAGCAGAUUUUAUUUAGCUUUAUAGUUCAAAGCUGCACGGUGGCUCAGUGGUUAGCACUGUUGCCACACAGCAAGAAGGGCCUGGGUUUGAGUCCCAACUCAACUGGGCCUUUCUGUGUGGGGUUUGCAUGUCCUCCCUGUGUUUGCAUUUCCUACAGGUGCUCUGUUCAAAUGUUUCAGGUUAAGUGAAUUUGAGACUUUAAAUUGCCCUGUAGGUGUGAGUGAGAGUCCCCCAGCCACUGGGGGUUGUAUCAGGAAGGGCAUCUGGUGUAAAACCUGUGCCAAGUCCAAUAUGCAGAUCACGGAUGGUCUGCUGUGGUGACCCCUAACAGGUGCAACCAAAAGAAGUUCAAGCUACUAGAAAACAUUACUUAAAUGACAUAUUUAAACCAGCAACAUUUGCAACAAGUAAGGAAUAAUUAAUGACGGACCAUUGAAUUAUUGAAAAAUAAUGCACACCCCGAGGUAAUAAUGUGGUCAAUUAUUCUGCUUAUGCCAUAGUUACCACACCUUAAGAAGGGUUUUAUCUCAAGACAUUUUCAGUUUUUUUUUUAAUCCCUAAAAUGCUCUUGUUUCAAACUACUUUCUUCCACCAUGGAUUCCGCCAUCUUGCAUUGGUACAACCCAAGCCUUGGUUGUUAGUUUGAAAACAUCACUUUAGAACUAGCAACAGAGGCUUGCGCUGCUUUUUUCACUCAUUAGAGUAGCAAGGAAGUGCAUGUGUGUGCACAUGAGCAAGAGAGAGAGAUAGAAAGAAAAUGAAAACAGAGAGUUACGUGUUUGAUUACCUGUGUUUGCUGCAUCUCUCAUCAGCAGUAACAUCGCUUCCAAUCGCCAAUAUGUUAGUUUAUGUAGACUUCUCAGCAGCACUAUAGCUCUUCUAUUGCAAAACAACUGUUUUAUUGAGUCACAGGGGUCUGUUGACAUCAAGACUCUGUGUGUUGCUCGCGAGUGUCUGUGGGCGGAUUCCAAUAGAAAGUGAUCAUCCCUAUGCCCUACUCACUCCGAAGGACAGAGCUCUUGAUGUGGGUACUGUAAAGGGAGCAUGGCAUUGCUGUAUGAAUGUACCUUUUGCUAACAGUCUUGUGGAAGCUCCUUUGUGAAAAAUUUAUUUUCUUACUUUCGAUUGGAAUGACACUUCGAGUGGCGUCCCCUUCCCGCAGUGCCCUUCAACGGCGCAAAAAUGCAAUUUGGAAAAACACCCUAUGUGUGUGCGUAUAUAUGUGUGUGCAUGUGUGAGUGUGGGUGAGAACAACCGAGAGAAAUAAGGAGCGUGAGAGUGCUUUGCACACGUAUUAAAAUAAAUAUUUAAUUGAUAAAGUUGUGAGGUGUGGUAACAUCAAGGCUCUGUUUGUUUCUUGCGAGUCUCUGUGUGUGUGCGUUAGGGUUGCUCCGAUACAAAAAUUUUGGCUUCGGUACGAUACCAGCACUGGUACUUCGGUAUCGAUUACUGAUGAAAGUACACAGAAAAGUACUUGAUUAAAAGAACUGCAUAAAGUCUUGCAGUUACAUAUUCUGUUUUCCAUAAAUUUUUUUAUUGAAUCCAUGUUUUCAUUAAAACAUUGUUUAAACAAAUGAAUACAUAUAACUUUAAUAUAAAUGAAAAUAUGAAAAUAAAAUGAACAAAUUUGCAAUUUUGCUUUUGGUCAAAUAAAAUGCAUCACAACAUAAUAACAAGAAUGCUACAGCUGAAUCACAGCCUGCUGAUAUUCAGUACACUUGGCUUUGUGAUAUUGCUUACAUGUAAUAAUAAUUAAUAUAAUAAUAAUAAUAAUAAUAAUAAUAAUAAAAACUAUUAUUAUUAUAAAUAAUGAUACCAAUUAUAAUAAUAAAACCAUUUAUUUUAAAUUAUUUAUAUUAGUAGCCUAGUGUUAUUUUUAUUACUUUGAAUAUACAUUUUUUCUAUGCAUUAGUAAUGUUUUCUGUCACAAUAUCUUUAAUUCUAGACAUCCAGUUAAACAGAGCUUUUAUUUUGGCUUAACUUUAAUUUUGACGGACCUUUGCGUUCUUCCUGUGUGUUUUUGAUGAUAGUAUUUAAUAAGAUCUGCAUUCCAAAUGAAAUGCUGAAAUACUCAAAAGCUGAAAUUUAAACAGAGAAGGAAUUAAUGUAAGUGUCCACAGCUGCUCAAACACUUAACACACCACUCUGAGCAUCAUGCGUGAUCUGAGUGUGUGUAUAAUAUGUCAAGUAUGACAGAGAGCACAGCGGCACCUCUCGAUCAUUCUGAAGCAUGCAGCACAUGCAGACUAUAUAUUAUUUAAUUAAAUGGUAUCCUUCUGUUGUUCAAUGAUCACACUUGGCCAUAUCAAGAUUUGAAUUUGAUUAAUUGUCAAAUGGUCAUUGAUUUCAUUUAAAAAAUUUCACAUCCCAAAACAUUUUUAUGAUAGCACUAUACUGGAGUAUGGUACCGAAAUUAUCAACAAGAUGAUAUUGUACCAUUUUAAAAUUUUUGAUAUCGCGAUAUUUCGUUAGUACCAGUAUGCAUGUAUGUGUGGGUGAGAGUGAGAGAGAAAGGGCACACGAGGGUGUUUUCCACAGAUAUUUUAAUACAUUUAGGAUAUUAUAGAUAUUGUUUGUCAUUAUUAUCCGAUGUACUUAGCCAAUGUCUUUGUUUUAGUUGGUUAUCUUGCUGUGGUAGACUGUACUGGUCUUUUUUUUUUUUUUCUCCCCAAUUUGGAAUGCCCAAUUCCCAGUGCGCUCUAAGUCCUCAUGGUGGCAUAGUGACUCGCCUCAAUCCGGGUGGGACCGCCUCCGCGUCUGAGACCGUCAAUCCACGCAUCUUAUCACGUGGCUUGUUGAGCACGUUACCGCGGAGACAUAGCAUGUGUGGAAGCUUCACACCAUUCUCCGCGGCAUCCACGCACAACUCACCAUGCACCCCACCGAGAGUGAACCACAUUAUAGCGACCAUGAGUAGGUUACUCCAUGUGACUCUACCCUCCCUAGCAACCGGGCCAAUUUGGUUGCUUAGGAGACCUGGCUGGAGUCUCUCAGCACACCCUGGAUUCGAAUUUAUGACUCCAGGUGUGGUAGUCAGCGUCAAAGCCUGUACUGGUCUUUGAAAUAACUGAAAUAAUUUGGCAAAGUGAUACAGAACCAUUAUGAGGUCAAGACCUGGAACUACUUCAUAGCCAUGUGUUUACUUAAAAAUAAUUGCACACCUUAUAACGUCCAUCAACCAAUCAGAAUCAAGCAUUCACCGUGGUAUAAUUUACAAUAAAGUACAGAAAACAAAAUUCUUGAGUUGGCAAGGUUGAAAAACAUGAACAUAAUCAACGACUGUAGGAUGUAGUAACAACGCAACAGGCCAGUUGUGUGAUAGGCUAGUUUAGACAACUGGCCUCAGGCUAUACUCAUUAGUGAGUCUAGCCUUAGUUCUCUUGCAACUUUCCAGAUAAGAAUUCUAACUCACACAAGAUGGCUUGUCAUAUGCACAGAAAUGAAUGAUGUUGCCACUUUCUGUAAUGCAUUUGUUAUGCUCAAAAUUUUGCUCCCCCUCUAAAUUUCCUCAGCAAAAGAAAAGAGAACAUACCCUCUCUGUCCACUUUAUCUUUCUACUUUCUUGUAUCAAUGACCACCCUCUGCCAGGAGCGUUUGCUAUCUAAUUUAUAUUCUCUUCCCUCACUUCCAUCUUAAUUUCUUGUCUUGAUCUCUUUCAAAGAUGCAUGGACUCCAAUUGUCAUCUCCCCUGCAGUGCAAAGCCCAUAGUGGAGCUGCCAGCCAGUACUGAUACAGGAAAUCCACACCAUGGACCAGCUUCAUGCUUUCUUUAGAAAAUAUGUUUGUGUUUCCUGCAUACGUAUGCAUAAUGUUCUCUUUACUGUUCUCUUUAGGUUGUCUAGAGCAUUGUAAGAUUUCUUACAGCUGCAUUAUAAAAUAAUGUAAAGGACUUAGAGGUGUAGUUCAGCAUUACAUUAACAUUUUGAUUUGAAUGUGUGUAGGCCAUAAGAAAUGAGGAAAUAUUCUCAAAAUUUCCCCAUCUUUGGAAUUUUUUUCAGUAAUGUGCUAUCCUUAUUUAUUUAAGCCCAGAUUAAGAGCUUUUUACACACUUUGGAAUGACAUAUCCUUCCUCGUUUAUAUUGUUUUUAUAUUAUACAAUACUGCAUAUUGUAGAUGAGAAACUAAGCUCUAAAUGUGUUUUUAAAGAUUUCCUGUUUCAGUGGCAUGCCCAGAAUUAAAGGCUUAUAACUCUACAAAAAACCAAAGAGUGACCAAAGAGUAAAUUAUGAGACUCUCAGCCAAAGAUACUGCUAAAAAAAAAAAAAAAAACUUGAGCCAUUUUGUUCUCUCGUAUUUUUCUGAUUUGACAUAAUAUAUCUCAGGGUGUAAAUAAGAUAGCUCUGAAAAACUACAUUUGUUCUGUUUCCCAAUCAUGUCAACUGUAACUGAGUAAAAUGUUGUGUUGAUACAACAAAGCAAUCAAAAGUUAUAGCAUUACAAAAAUAAUAAAGCCCACAGUGGAGCUAAUAGAAUAUUGUAUAACUGGGUUUAAGUAACACCAAGUCCAUGCCAGCUUAAGUGCAUGUUGAAAAGUGCAAAAUAGAAGGAAUUUGACAUGUGGACUUUUGAAGCCUACUGUAUAUCUAUUCAAACAUUAGUAUUAUUUUAUAUACUGUAAAUAUAAAACCAAACCUAAUUUUAUUUCAGUUUCAGUACACAUUACACAUGCAACGAUUUUCCUCAGGGACAGAAAAGGUACAGCACAUGGAUACCCGAAUAGCAAAAAAGACACUGAGUACUGUCCAUUCUGCGGUGAAGUACAACCCUCUAAGUCUUAUCUGUCUGCAGCAACAGUAGGAAACAUACUUGGCUUAUUCUUCACAUAUGUGUGUGGAUUUCAAAGCUGUUGGUUGUGGCUACCUUCACCAUCUGUCUCUUUUAUUGGGUGAAGAAUGGGGGACUAAAUGCCAAAAAUUGCCUUAUUGUUCCAUAACUAGCUCAAAUAUGAAGUUAAAAACAAAACAAUUAUUAAAUAAGAAAGAAAGAAAAUUAAAUGGUAAAAAAGGUGACUUAUUCAUGUAGCCGAUGAUUUUUCUUUAUACUUAUGAUGCAUUAUUAAAGGAAUAGUUCACCCAAAAAUGAAAAUUCUCUCUUCAUUUACUCACUCUCAUGCCCACAUGUGUAUGACUUUCUUUCUUCUGCUGAACACAGACAAAGAUUUUUAGAAGAAUAUUUCAGCUCUGUAGGUACUCACAAUGCAAGUUAAUGGUUACCAAAAUUGGAAGGUCCAAAAAGCAUAUAAAGUCAGUAGAAAAGUAAUCCAUAAAAAUCCAGUGGUUUAAUCCAUGUCUUAUGAAGUGAUAUGAUAGGUGUGGGUGUGUAAAAGAUCAAUAUUUAAAGGGGUCAUGACAUACUCUUUUUUUAUAUAAUUUUAUUAUCUUCCCUCAGGCCCAUAUAGAAUGCUAGCAAAGUUUUUUUUGUUGCACUAAACGGUCAUAUUUUAUUCAUAUAUAAUAAUUUUCCACCCUGUCUCUGGCCCUCUAUCUGAAAUGAUCGGUUUUAAGCUGCAUGGCCCUUUAAGACUUCAAUGUCAAUGCCAGCUGUUGUAAUUGAGCAGCCCUUUCAAUACAGGCAAAUUUGAAACGCAAUCCGAAGAAAACUUACAAACUCCACACAACAUUAAAACUACAUUUCAGGGUUAACACAUAACCUACACCAAACACAUUUCACCUGAAUGUGUCAAACUCUUCACUCAAGCACAGCAUAAACUAUCAAACAGUCAUGACAUAUGAAAUAUUCAUGAAUGAAAUUGGUUACUUACAGUUUUUCAUCCAAUAGUCCACUUUUAACUGCCCCAUCUUUCAAUAAUAGUUCAUUUGCAAAGCUUGAAUUAUAUUGUGACUAUCACAAGCAAUUCACAAUGAAAUCUUUUGAAUACUCAAACAUAAUACAAUACACGGUGAUGUUGGGUGCUUCAACCGGCUUCAACAGGCCAAAGCAGAGACGCUGGUCUUCACAUCUCACAUUUUCCCAGAUUGUUUAUACACAGGCUUUUAAAAUGCGGUGCACAUCGCCGGAAACGCACCAAAACUAUCAAAGAUGUUGACAUGUUUACAAAAGACCAACAAUUAAAAAUAGCACAGAUGGGUGCAAAAAUGUUCCAGGAUGCCUUCCAAACAGCACAACAGCAAGACAGCGCAGUUGAAUGAAACACAAUGGGGGACCCUUUUUAGAGUUAAAACUUGAUGUUGCGUCUUUUAAGAGUGGCGCAAGAUGUGCCUUUAUGUAGAAAAACAUUUAAAUCCAGACAUCUCCCAUGACAGGCCCAUUUCUCUCCUCUUCACCUGUGUGACUGACUGAGCACCAGUGGCCAUGGCCAAGCAUCUGCAGAUGUAUUUGGUCCUUGUGACAUUCCAUUUUCCACAAACUCUAAAUGAGCCAUUUUGCAGCUUGGUUUAAAUAAAUGCUCUUUUUCUAUUAAGGAGGAAGUUUUCAGUUCUGAAACUUACAGUAUUUUUUUUUUAUAGUACAGUGACCAUGUCAAAAUAUGUCAAAAGAUCAAGCAAAAUUGUAUUCCUCAUGUCAUGACCAUUUUAAGUCCUUUUGUAAUAUAAAUUCUCCUCCCUGCCCAGUAGGUGGCGAUAUGCACAACGAAUGUGAAUUGCAAAAAACAAAAGAAGUAGAAUGUGAAAGUGAAAGUAGGGAUUGUUUGAUUGAGGCUUUUUUGGUCAUGCGCCUUUUUCUGGUACAUACCCUUUGCUAUUUUUUCAAAUAGUCCAACCGUCUUCUGCAUUUUUAUUUGUAAAAUCUAAAGAAACUGAUUAUAUGCUAAAGCUAAAUUUUAUAGCCACACAACCCUGAAAUAAUAUGUGAGUUAGCGACAACACACUCAUGUUAGGGGUAUGUUUUUUAUUAUUAUUAUUAUUAUUAUUAUUUUUUAAAUGUUACCUCUGUUCCAGCUUUCUUUCUUUCUUUUUUCUUAAAAAAAGACCUGAGGACAACACAAGAUUACAGGGGUCUUUGUGUGUGUUUUUGUGGGAGGUCGACCUUUAAGGCAGAGCAGUGUAAUGAUAACCUACACCUUACCUACAACAGAGACUGAAAUUGAGGUGUAGAUAUAAAAAGGAACAAGAUAAUUUAAGCCACUAUAUCUCUUUCUCACCCUCACCUUUGAUUCUCUCUCCAUUGCUUUCUACUACUACUUUCCCAUUGUCCUGACACUAUUGCUGAAAAUAGCUUUUUCUGGUUUAUCUUUCAACCUGUCACGUAGAUGUAUUUUUGUUCAUGUUUUAUGUUUAUGUCUUUUAUUUUGAAAAGUUGUUCCUUGUCAUGUUAUUUCCCGUUUCCCUGCCAUGUCAUGUGAUUCCCUGUUUCCAUGUCAAGUCAUGUUAUCAUCCUGUUUCCCUCCAUGUUCAUAUGUCUUGUUUUCAUUGGUUUAUUGUCUUGUUAUUCAUUAUCAGUUCUAGUUUGUCAUUGGUUUAAGUUUAUUAGUCUUGUUAUCUUGUUUAUAAGUCAAGUCAAGUCAAGUAUUGUCAAGUUCAUGUUUUUUGUAUUUUGUUCACGUUGGGAGUUAUGGUUUUUGGAUUUCACGACUGAUAAUAAACUGCACUUGGGUUCUACACA